AUGGGUCGAUCGCGGUGGAGUCUUACACCUUGGCUCGUCCUGGGCUGCGCUGCGUCAAGUGCCUGGGCAGCUAAGAGGCCUUUCAACAUCCAUGAUGACCUGUUGGCCUAUCCGCAGUACCAAGUACUUUUCCCGGAAGAAUAUAUCUUAGAAUCCCAAGCCGAAGAGCUUCUCCAAACACAUGCCUCGCCCGAAACCCCCGAUUCCAGCGUCGAGCGGAAUGAUCCCCAAGUCUACACGGGAAAGGAUCAUACGGAAGAUACCACGCAAACACACGAAGAUGUGAUUCAUCCGACAUACACAUACGAGGAAAUGAUAUUGGAUGACCGGCGACUUCUCUGUCAGAUCCCCCGCGUAGCCAAAGAUGAGACCAAUAGCACGGCUGGCCGCGCGACUCAAGAAGCCGAUGAACAGAAUGAGCUAGCGCGGGCCACCGAUCGCGGUCUCGAGCUUCUACGUGAGAUGGAGGGCAAAUGCAUGUACUAUUUCUCCGGCUGGUGGUCAUACUCUUUCUGCUACAGGAACCAGAUCAAGCAGUUCCAUGCUCGUCCAGCUGGCGGUGGGGUCCCAAGCUACCCGCCCGUGGAGGACCCAAACACCCAUUCAUUCGUUCUGGGCCGAUUCCAAGAGAGUAAAGAUGGCAAGGGAGAUGAGAAGAAGCAGACGCAGUCCGCUCAGACCGAUGUCGCGGAGCUACGCACUAAAGGUGGCUCGCGCUACCUGGUGCAGCAUCUACGUGGCGGCACCAAGUGUGAUUUGACGGGACGUGAGCGCAAGGUUGAAGUCCAAUUCCACUGUCACCCGCAGUCAACCGACCAAAUCGGGUGGAUCAAAGAGCUGACGACCUGUUCCUACUUGAUGGUUAUCUACACCCCUCGUCUUUGCGACGACGUUGCCUUCCUGCCACCGCAGCAAGACGAGGUUCACAAUAUCGAAUGCCGCGAGAUUCUCCGCCCCGAGGACGUUUCCGACUGGGAGGCCGUGAAGGAGUGGUACCAGGCCCAUCAACUAGCCGAUGCUGCCGCCGCUCACUCGGAGGUGCAAAUCGUCGGGGGGAUUGUAGUUGGCGGCCAGAAGCUAGUGGGCAUGGAAGGCAAGAAGAUUGAGAAAGGCCGAGUAGCAUCGGCCGGCGAAAAGAAAGUGGAGGUAGUCGUCAAGCGUGAAAACGGCGAAAUCCAGCGCCCGUCCAAGCAGGUGAUGAAGAAAUAUAACCUCGAUCCCGAGGGAAUCGAGGACAUGAAGAAGCGACUCGAUCAACUUGCCGAGGGUAAAGAUUGGACCUUGGAAGUGGUGGAGAGUGACGGAAUGAUUGAAUUCCAGGGUGCCAUUGAGAAGGAUGACGAUGAACUUGACGAGACGGAAGCCGGCGAUGCCUCUUCGCAAAAGGUCGCGGACCAUCAGGACGGGGAUGAGCCUGCUCCCGUGGCCGAAGUCGAUGAUGCAGCGGGUCCCGACUCUGCAUCUGAGACAAAGCAAAAUUCAAAAUCGCACCGACAGGGAUCCGAGGAUGAAGAGGGUGACUCUGUUGGUAGUGAGGAGACUUUCAAAGACGAGUUAUAA